AAAUGCCAAGGGCUCUCGGCCGAGCCGCCCCCGCCCGGCUGCCGUUUUGCCGGGGCUCAGCACAAACCGGGAGGCUCCGGCAGCAGAACGAAGCCGCGGGGGGCGUCGCGGUGGCGCACGACCCCCGCAGCCCCCGGCCCUCCCCGUGGCGGGAGGGAGGCGGCCUGGCGGGUCGGUCCCGGUGCGCGGGCGGGGCUGCCCGCGGCUGACGUCGUUGUCCCGGGCCGGGCGGCCCCGCCCCGCCCCGCCGGGCCGCGCGGGGAGCGCCGGGCACGCCGCGGCCGGCAGCCAGCGCCGCGCCGGGGGGAGCCGGCCGGGGGAGCCCCCGCGGGUGGCAGCCAUGGAGCCGCUCCGCCGCCGCCUCUGCCUGGGCGCGCUGCUGCUGGUGCUGCUCUCGCCGGGGCCCGCGAACGCCAGCUCAGUAACUGUGCCGGAAACACUGUUGUUUGUUUCAACUCUUGAUGGAAGUUUGCAUGCUGUCAGCAAGAGGACAGGAGCAAUCAAGUGGACUUUAAAAGAAGAUCCUGUACUCCAGGUGCCAAUACAUGUGGAAGAGCCAGCGUUUCUUCCAGACCCAAAUGAUGGCAGUUUGUAUACGCUUGGUGGCAAGAAUAGCGAAGGCUUGACUCUUCCAUUUACUAUCCCAGAACUGGUGCAAGCAUCUCCCUGUCGCAGUUCAGAUGGGAUCCUGUACAUGGGUAAAAAGCAGGAUAUUUGGUACGUGAUUGACCUCAUGACUGGGGAGAAACAGCAAACCUUGACUUCCUCAUUUGCAGAAAGUCUUUGCCCAUCAACAUCCCUCCUGUAUCUUGGGAGAACAGAGUACACGAUCACUAUGUAUGACACCAAGAAGAAGGAGCUGCGAUGGAAUGCCACCUAUUUUGAUUAUGCAGCUACUCUGCCUGAUGAAGACAUAAAAUACAAAAUGUCCCACUUUGUGUCUAAUGGAGAUGGACUGGUGGUGACCGUAGACAGUGAGUCUGGGGACGUACUGUGGAUUCAGAAUUACGCUUCUCCUGUGGUAGCUUUUUACAUCUGGCAACGUGAAGGUUUACGGAAAGUUAUGCACACUAACGUGGGGAUAGAAACUCUGCGAUAUUUGACAUUCAUGUCUGGGGAGGUUGGACACAUUACCAAGUGGAAAUAUCCUUUCCCAAAGGAAACAGAGACCAAGAGCAAACUGACACCAACUCUAUAUGUAGGGAAGUACUCCACAAGUUUGUAUGCGUCACCAUCAAUGGUGCAUGAAGGAGUAACUGUUGUGCCCCGCGGCAGUGCCAUACCCUUACUAGAGGGUCCAAAAACAGAAGGAGUCACAAUUGAAGACAAUGGCGAGUGUGUUAUCACCCCCAGUACGGAUGUAAAGUUUUCAGGCAGACUGAAAGAAAAGAACAAACUCAACUAUUGGAACGACUGGCUUUUAAUAGGGCACCAUGAAACACCAUUAUCUGCCCCUACAAAGAUCCUGGAGAAAUUCCCAAGCAACUUACCUAAGAGGCCUGAAAACGUGAUUCCGGCUGACUCUGAUAAAGCCACUAUUGAAGAGGUUAUUGACAUCGUUGAAGGCUCCUCAACGGAAGUGCCUCCUUCUGUUCCGAAGGAUAUUGAGGAGAAGCCCGCUCGGCCUGUCCCUCGGCCAGAGGCUCCUGUGGACUCCAUGUUGAAAGACAUGGCUACAAUCAUUCUCAGCACUUUCCUGCUUGUGGGCUGGGUGGCUUUUAUCAUCACUUAUCCAAUGAGUGUACAUCAUCAGCAACAGAGGCAGCAUCAGCUGGAAGAGAAGAUACAGCUUUUGCAGCAACAGAAGCUGCCCUUCCGUGCUCCCAGUGAUCUACCCCCAGAAGCAGAUUUCUUGGACACCUCCUAUGGACGGACAGAGAGCUCAGCUACCAGCACACCAAAUAUGUCCCCCAGAGCAUCAAACCAUUCUGCGUAUUCCAGCAUCUCCACAUCUGAUGUUGGGAGCUGCCUCUCUACUGAGCAAGAAGAUGGAGAUGAAGAUGCAAACAGAGUGAUGGUUGGCAAGAUUUCAUUUAACCCAAAAGAUGUACUGGGACACGGUGCUGAAGGGACAAUUGUUUACAGAGGGACCUUUGAUAACCGCGAUGUUGCAGUGAAAAGAAUUCUUCCUGAGUGCUUCAGCUUUGCAGACCGUGAAGUACAGCUGCUGCGAGAGUCAGAUGAGCAUCCUAACGUGAUCCGCUAUUUCUGCACAGAGAAGGACCGGCAGUUUCAGUACAUAGCCAUCGAGCUGUGUGCUGCCACUUUACAGGAGUAUGUCGAGCAGAAGGCCUUCAGCCACCAUGGCUUACAACCCAUCGCUCUCCUGCAACAGACGACAUCUGGUCUUGCUUACCUGCACUCCCUUAGCAUUGUCCACAGAGACCUGAAGCCCCAUAACAUCCUCAUCUCGAUGCCUAACGCCCAUGGGAAAGUCAAAGCGAUGAUUUCAGACUUUGGCCUGUGCAAGAAGCUGGCAGUGGGCAGGCACAGCUUUAGCCGUCGGUCGGGGGUGCCAGGCACCGAAGGGUGGAUUGCCCCAGAGAUGCUGAGUGAAGACUGCAAAGAGAACCCUACAUAUACCGUGGACAUCUUUUCAGCUGGCUGUGUCUUUUAUUAUGUGGUGUCUGAAGGCAGCCACCCCUUUGGCAAAUCUCUACAGCGGCAAGCCAACAUUCUGCUGGGUGCAUAUAGCCUGGAGUCCUUAAAUGCAGGGAGGCAUGAAGACAUAGUUGCUCGUGAUUUAAUAGAGCAAAUGAUAAACAUGGACCCUCAGAAACGUCCGUCUGCCAGCUGUGUGCUGAAACACCCAUUCUUUUGGAGUUUGGAAAAACAGCUCCAGUUUUUUCAGGAUGUUAGUGACCGGAUAGAGAAAGAGUCUUUAGAUGGUCCAAUAGUCAAGCAAUUAGAAAGAGGCGGAAGAGAGGUGGUGAAAAUGGACUGGAGAGAGCACAUCACUGUUCCUCUUCAGACAGAUCUUCGAAAAUUCAGAUCCUAUAAAGGAGGCUCAGUACGGGAUCUUCUGAGGGCAAUGAGAAAUAAGAAGCACCAUUACAGAGAGCUGCCUCCCGAAGUGCAGGAGACCCUGGGCUCCAUCCCAGAUGAUUUUGUGUGUUACUUUACAGCUCGGUUCCCUCACCUGCUCCUACACACCUACAAUGCUAUGCAUAUCUGCUGCCAAGAAAGACUGUUUCAGCAUUACUAUAAUCAGGACUCUGCAGAGCUGAGCCUUGCAGGAGACACUGUUUGAAAGGAGAGGGAGGGAGCUUUCUUCUCUGGGACCAACAUUCGAAGCACAGGGCUGUGAAACAGGCCUACCUUUAGCCAGGAAAAGUGGGAUCAAAGAGCUGGAUUCUCUCUCUUUGAAGAAACCAAGCUUCCAAAAAGUGCCUUGUACCUCUGCCUGCGCUGGAUCAGGAGAUGGUAGGAGCCCAAGGAGCGGGUGGUAACUUCAGAAAAGCAGUGAACCCUGGUGAUGGAGUUAUUCCAAGGCAGUUCUCAAGACAGUGAAAACAGAGGGCAAAGGCUGGAUAUAACCGUCACCCAAUAUGCCUGACUGUAUGUGAUUUUAUAGCUAACUGAUGUGUUUUAUUACAAAGAAUCAAAAUACAGUGAUUGAAAUCCUAUAAUCACGUGGGACUGGGAUCAGCAAAAGGAGCCUCUUAGUUGUAGCACAGCAUCAGAACCUGCCUUGCACUACCGCCACAUGAUGCAUUAGGCACCCCACAGUGAUGGUAAAGGGAAUCGUUUGUACACUCUCUCCUGUGUUUUGGAUAAUCACAAUCUCUGUUUAAUCAGCACUACCCUGGAAAAUUAGUCCCUCUUACUUGAGCAGAUAAAAUGACAUUAUAUUAAAAUACUGACUUGAAAAAAAAACCACAACCCGUUAAAGGUUUAUCUGCUUUGAAAAUAAGCCUCAGUGUUUGAAUAUCAACCAGUAUUCAUGGAAGAGCUUGAACAGUCCUUGACUUAAAUCACAGUACCAGAACAGAUCUACACAAGCAACUUCAGAAAAAUACACUGGUGUCAGCCGUGAGAGGCUCAUGAUUUAUCUACUGCAAGUGUUCCUUACUUUCUUAUAAAACAGCCAGAGGCAAGACAAGUCCUGGGCAAAAAGCAGCAGAAUAGGAAAGGAGCGCUGGAUGGAGCAGUGAACGUAGAGGCAGUGUUUUUAAUGGAUGCGAUAAAGCUGUGAAAGAGCCCCAUUUUCUGUUCGCGGGGGUUGCUCCUUACAGCCACGGGAGCGGUGUGUUUAAAGAUGCAGUAUUUCUUUUCAUUGGCCCUAAAGCUGUGACAAAGCAUUAAGCAUGCGCAAAGGAUGAAGAAAUGCUGAGGUCUAAUAGGAUACAAGCGGGGUGUUCUUUUACAAUAUAUUUAUUUAACAUAUUUAUAUUUAUUUAAUUUUUACUACAAAGUGGUAUCAAAUCCAAGUGGCACAAGUAUAAAGCAUGCCAAAUCAGUCUUAAUUGGUGUUGUGUUUAUAUUUAAUCAUGUUCUAACAACUGGAAGAGGAAAGCGAUACUGCAUCUUGCGAUGGACUUCAUUAAAGGAGACAUUACAAACUGAGAAUUUGUAUGACUGUGCCAUUGUGUCUUAAACUACUAAAUUAUUGCCAGUAAUGUGUAUGAUUGGGUAGGUACAGCUACUUUUCUGGAGCUACUUUACGGGAAGGUUUUUUUCUUAGUUUUACUAUGUAUGAGAGCAAUUUACCUAAGAUGCCAACUGUGCAAAUUACAUGUUUCUGAAGCUUGAAAAAAAAAAAAGAAAUGGUAGUUUUACCUAAGAAGAUUCAAAGCCUAUUUCAUAUUUUUGUACUUCUCAUGUAACGGUCUUUUAUAAGUCUACUAAAUAAAGACUUGUACUCAGCUUA